CAGAUUUCUUCACUGCCCAGCUUUCACAGUCACACAUAACAAUUGGAAAUAUAAUGGUAUGGACAUUCGGAUCAGUCCUUUAUAGCUGCCCUUCCAUGUUCUAACCUUUGCCAGAUUUCUUGAUGGCAGUUUCCAUUCUGAUUAAUUACUGAGCAAGGACUCUUUGAUUCUCAGAGUCCACAUGGCCUGAGAGGGAAGUGACUUCUGCCUCUACUAAUAACCCUCCAGAUCAUCUUAAUCGACUACAAUGUUUUAAGACACCUUAUCAAAAGGUCACACAGAAAAGAUGGCAACUAAAUUACUGAGAUUCCUCACAAAAUCUCCGCAUACAGUAAGACGUUGUCAACAUUUUCACAAAAAUGGGUAUCUCACUUCAAGCAACAUUUUUCAAGGGAUAUCCAGCAACCCUCUCUCUGAAAUGAGAUACAUUUCUCAGUGCAUUCCAAAGGCAGCUGCUUCUUGUUUAUCUGGUGUUUGUGUACCUGGUAAGACUUGUUGGAGGUGGAGACCACAAUAUAAUAUUACUACUGCAGCAGAGAUUGUGAAUUAUUUGGCUAUGGAUACUUGUUUUCCAUUCAGAGAACAGUCCAAGUUUAAAACAAAUUACAUGCACAAUUCCAAUUUUUUAAGAAAACCUAGUGCUGUACCAAAUAGAUGUUACUCAGUUUUAUCAACAAGUGCAGUUAUGCCAAGUCAAGGUACUGUGUCGGUGAAAAGGCCACCAAAGGCAUCCCGGACUAAGCAGCCAUCUAGAGCUAACCUACCACUACCAUCUGAAACUGAGGAUCUGAUGCAGUGCACAGCCUUUGCAACAGCAGAUGAAUAUCAUCUUGGUAACUUGGGCCUUGACCUGGCAUCACGUGGAUAUGUUGAAAUAACAACAUUACCCAGAGAUGCAGCAAAUGUUUUGGUAAUUGGGACAGAAAAUUCAAUGAAAGAAUAUGAUCCUGGUGUGAUUUUUUUCUUCAGGGAAGGCUCUGUUGUGUUCUGGAAUGUUGAAGAAAAAACGAUGAAGAAUAUAAUGCAAAUCCUGGAGAAGUAUGAAAUUCAGCCAUAUGAAAUUGCAUUAGUUCAUUGGGAGAAUGAAGAGAUUAAUUACAGGAGAGGAGAAGGACAAUCAAAGCUUCACAGAGGAGAAAUACUGAUAAAUUCAGAACUUGAUGCUGAUGACGUCACACUUGAAAAGUUUGCUUUUUCAAAUGCCCUUUGCCUUUCUGUAAAACUGGCCAUUUGGGAAGCAUCAGUGGAUAAUUUUGUAGAAUCUAUCCAGUCAAUACCUGAGAUACUAAAAUUAAGAAGGAAGGUUAAAUUGUCUCAUGCAGAUGUAAUGCAGAAAAUUGGGGAGCUGUUUGCAUUAAGGCACCGCAUAAAUUUAAGUUCUGAUCUUCUGAUUACGCCGGAUUUCUACUGGGAUAGAGAACACCUUGAACAGCUAUAUGAUAAAACUUGUCAGUUCCUGAGUAUUAAUCGCAGAGUUAAGGUGGUGAAUGAGAAGCUCCAACAUUGCACAGAGCUGACAGAUCUGAUGAGAAAUCAUUUGAGUGAAAAACAUGCUUUGCGCUUGGAAUGGAUGAUAGUGAUACUCAUCACCAUUGAGGUCAUGUUUGAACUUGGUAGAAUGCUUUUUUGACAAUAAAUGAGAGCCAGAAAUUUUGACAAGCUUGUGGAGAUACAUCCCAAAGCCUCGUUUGAUGGAAUUCUUCAACUUUAUUCUUCACACUUGUUGAAAGUUCAAUCACUGUUGUAAUAAAUAUAUGGACACCUGGUGCUUACAAAAUAAUUGAAAUUUGUGGAUGUAGAACAAUUUUUAAAAAAAUCUAUUAUAUUGGUGGAACAUUGUGGCUUAAAAGUAAAUCAUUCUUUCUAUAAAUGCUUAUUUUCCAGAAUCUCUAUGCCUGAUAUUUCUUUGGUAUGCUGCAAGAAAUUGUGCAAUAAAGAAUACAAUCUGACAUUUAGAAAUCUUAA